AUGCCUGCCACUGCAACAACGGGCGAGGUGGCGCAACGUCUCAAAAAAUUUCUUGCAGAUGCUCCACUCUCUACCCAAGAAGUGGUGUGCCGCCACGCCCAUUUGGAUGCCGAUGGAGUGCGCGUGAUGCCUGAUGUCUCAACUACUACUGCUACUGCUACUGCUACUCAUACCACUAGUACUGGUACCAUGACUGGUGGUAAUGGUAAUGGUGAGGGUGGUAGCGAUGAAGUUUCCUUUGAAGUGGAAGGCUCCGUCAUGUCGUGGCCCAUGUGUGCACAUAAGGGAAUUGCAGCGCAGCCAAUAUUCAGCAACAUCAGCAGUGGGAUGGAGGGGACAGAGAUAGCCGUCGAUGAAAGCGCUCUGUGUUUUCUCAUUGAUACACUGACAUCUGCGCAUCUGACUGUAGUUACAGGUCGGUUUCAACAUGUUUCGGUAUCUUUAAACAUUGAGUUUGUGCAGCCGCUUCGUUCGCAGCGUCCGUUCACUCUGAUGAGUCGCCUUCUGCGUAUGGGGCGGCGACUCUGCUUUCUGAGUGCCGAGGUGUGGCAGAUGCAGAAUGGGAGGGCGAUGCUGUGCUCCAGGGCAGACCACACUAAGGCGUUCUACACCAAACCACCGCAGUGUGACCGCCAGUUACCGUCACCCAAGCUGUAG